AUGGAAUUCAUGAACGACCCCCUCUCGGACUCGUACACCCCAUCCACCGGGUCCUCGAUGUGCUCUCUCAGCUCCAGCAAGUCGGAAAAUGUAUUUUUCGCCAACAUCAUGCCGGAUCUCAAAAUGUACGAAGAACCGGAACCGGCCACGCCGACUACUAUUCAGGUGAGUCCUAGAGAGUCUAUUUGGCAGAUUAGGAAUGUUUGGAUAUCAGAUUGAGACUUUGAACCUUGGUUUUCCCCAAAAAAUCAGAUUUAUCACCUAGUGUAAUAUAAAGUUUUCCGAAAAUAGUUUGGGUUUUGGUUUGGAAAGUUGCUUCAUGACGUAUUGAGUUCAAAUUUAUCAAUUUCCGCCCGCGGUUUGGAUGUAAUAAUGCAUUGUUAGCAGUUUAGCAAGUGUAAUAUAAAUUUCUAAAUGUUGUAAUUUUUUUGAAAAUCUGUCUAGGAUAGAGAGAAUGGAAGCUGAAGAUAGACGGAAAACAUUUUUGAAGGCUAGAAACUUCCAGAAUUUGAGUACUGACGAUUUCUUCUUGGUCUAGUGCAAUAUAAUUUUUUCUGUUUUUAGAGAAAUUUAUGUCUGGAUGCCACCUCAGACAUGAAUGUGGACCUCACAGAUGAUGAAAGUGACUCACCCACGAAGAAGGAGAAUCCAGCCAAGAAGAUUUGCCUCUGCGCCAUCUCAAAUAACAACGAGACUCAAGAAGCGGCUCGACCUCAGCCGAAAAAAGCCAGCGAACUCCCGGAUGUGCCCUACAAGUCCACAUCAAUCACUGACGAGUACAGAAUCAGCCACGAAAUUAUUGGAAUCGGCGAGUCGGGAAAGGUUAUGGCUUGCUAUCGCAAAACUGAUGGUCAGAAAUACGCCUUGAAGGUUUUGAGGGAUGGACCCAAGUCCAGAAGAGAAGUGCAGCUUCAUUACAUGACGAAGUAGGUGAUUUGCAGAUUUUUUUGGGAUUUUUAGGGAGUUUCGAGGCUAUUUUUGGCAAAAAAAUGAGGAUUUUAUAUUAUUUUAGGUAAAAGUUAUGUGUUUUUUUGAAAUUUUAUAAAUUUUUGGUCUUAUUUUUGGAAUUUGCAGUCAAAAUCUGAAUUCAUUCAUAUUUUUGAGGAUUUGAGGGGCUUUCGAGGCUAUUUUUGGCAAAAAAUGAGGGUUUUAUAUUAUUUUAGGUAAAACUUGGUAUUUUUUUGAAAUUUGACAAAUUUUUGCUAUAAUUUCGGAAUUUUUCAGUCAACACCCGAACAUAGUCACCAUUCACGAUGUUUUCGAGAACGCCUUUGACGGCGUGCGUUGUUUGUUGGUGGUGAUCGAGUUCCUGGAAGCGGGCGACCUCCUCACCCAAUUCGAAAGCCAAGGAUCCCAGCCCUACUCGGAGCAACGAGUUGCCGAGAUUGUCCGCCAAAUCGGCUCCGCCGUCCAAUAUCUCCAUUCCAUGAACAUUGCGCAUCGCGACAUCAAGUUGGAAAACAUUUUGUGCUCCUCCACCGAUCAUGAACAAUGUGUUUAUAAGCUGGCGGACUUUGGUUUUGCCAAGCGCCCCGAACGCAAUCACCUCAUGGAGUCUCCCUGCUGCACCCCCAUCUACGUGGCACCCGAGAUUUUGUCCCACGAGCACUACGACAAGAGCUGUGACAUGUGGUCGCUUGGAGUGGUGAUGUACAUUUUGUUGUGUGGAUAUCCCCCCUUCUACUCGAUGAAAGGGCUCCCAUUGUCGCCGGGAAUGAGAAGUAGAAUCACCAGUGGGCUGUAUGCGUUCCCUCCAGAGGAAUGGGACCACAUUUCGCAGGAUGGUAAGGAUUUUUCGAAAUUUUUUGGGGAUUUUUGGGUUUUUUUGAAUUUUUGGAAGUUUUAAGGCGAUUUUAACUAAAGAAAUGGGUCUAGAAUGGAUUAUUAUGACCUAUUAAAGGUGGAUUUUGUAUUUUUGAGUUCUAAAAUACGAAUUUCUAUUUUUUUUUUUUUUGAAAACAUGAUUUUUUGGGAUUUUUUUAAAAAUUUUUGAUAUUUGAGUAUUUUUUGAUGAGUAAAAUUAUGUCUAAAUUAGAGAUUAUGAAAUUUGGAAGAGUAUUUUUUGCAUUUCAAGUCUUUUCAACCUCUAAUUUAUCAAUUUUCAGCCAAAAAUGUGAUCCGAAACCUCCUGAAAACGGACCCGGCCAGCCGAACCAAGAUCGACGGCCUCAUGAACUCAGCCUUCAUGGUGGGAUCGCUGAAGAAGAACCUCUCCUCGGACUCGCUGAAGAGCCUGGAAAGCCCGGCGUCCUCGGAUUCGGGCUGCGCCGACGAAUCGGACGAGCCCUCGAGCCCCGAAACUCCCGAUGCCCUCGCCGAAUUAAACAUCUCGAAGCCGGUCCGCAAGAACGCCGCCCGCCUCAUGAACCCGCAUGCCAUGUCGGCCAGAGCCCACAAUCGCCCAGCCAAAACGCCCCGCCUCUACAGCAUCCAGGAGGAAGUGGGCCGCGCGUUGGACAUGAUGAGAAUCCAGGAAAACGUCCCCGUAAUGAUGACCCUCCCCAAAGCCAACAACUCGCUGUACGAAAGAAGAAUGAAGAGCAAACGCAACCUCACCAAAUCCUUCUUACAGUCGUCGGAACCCACAGAUUAG